GAAGUUCCUGAGUUCACACACGGGAGCGCUAGUGCUGGUCCAACUAACCGAGCUCUUGCGUUGGGACUGGGAGAAGAUAAAGCUCACCUGCUGAAAUGAGUUUCCUCGGUGGUCUGUUUGGUCCCGUAUGUGACAUUGAUGUCAUACUCAAUGAUGCAGAGAGCAGAAAAACAGCAGAACUGAAGACAGAAGAUGGGAAAGUGGAGAAACAUUAUUUAUUUUAUGAUGGAGAGUCGGUUUCUGGAAAGGUAAACAUCAAUGUUAAACAAACUGGAAAGCGACUUGAACAUCAGGGGAUUCGGAUAGAGUUUGUCGGACAGAUCGAACUGUUCAGUGAUAAAAGCAACACACACGAGUUUGUGAACCUGGUAAAGGAGCUUGCUCUUCCAGGAGAGCUAACCCAGAAUCGCAGUUAUGACUUCGAGUUCAUGCAAGUGGAGAAGCCAUAUGAGUCCUAUGUUGGGGCUAAUGUGCGACUGAGGUACUUCCUCAAAGUAACCAUUGUGAGGAGGCUUUCUGAUUUGGUCAAGGAGUAUGAUCUCAUUGUCCAUCAGCUUGCCACCUACCCAGAUGUCAACAAUUCCAUCAAGAUGGAGGUGGGCAUUGAGGACUGCCUCCACAUAGAGUUUGAGUACAACAAGUCCAAAUAUCACCUAAAAGAUGUAAUUGUGGGGAAAAUCUAUUUUCUACUGGUCCGAAUCAAAAUCCAACACAUGGAGCUUCAGCUAAUCAAGAAAGAAAUGACCGGAAUUGGGCCAAGCACAACUACAGAGACAGAAACUGUGGCUAAGUAUGAAAUCAUGGAUGGAGCACCAGUGAAAGGUGAGUCCAUUCCCAUACGUCUCUUCUUGGCUGGCUAUGACCUCACAGCUACAAUGAGAGACGUAAACAAGAAGUUCUCUGUGAGGUACUUCCUUAAUCUGGUGCUGGUUGAUGAAGAGGACAGGAGAUACUUUAAACAGCAGGAGAUUGUUUUGUGGCGGAAAGCCCCUGAAAAGCUCAGGAAGCGCAACUUUCACCAGCGGUACGAGUCCCCGGAGUCACGACCGAGCCUCUCUGCCGAACAGCCUGAAAUGUGAGCAAGCAACAAGCCAUGGACACAUUUUCCGCAGUGGCCAAUCACAGGAGAGGAGAGCAAAUCCCACCAAAACAUCUCCACCUCCACUCCUGGCAGCUUGCGGUGAUUGGCCGUGUCUGUGCCUGCCUUCGCUGUGUCCACUCCGCCGUCCACAGCAAACAGUUUGUUAGCAUUUAAGGACUUCUUCUACACUAUAGAAAGCACUGGAACAGAAGCUACUAUGUAAAAUCUUGGGCCUUGCAGCCUACACUAGAAGAUUUUUAAAGCACUUGCUAAUUUUUGAAGCUCCAGAUAGAGCGAUGCCAUCGGAUAUAUAUAUAUAUAU